AUUCCGACAGUGGGAAACCCUGCCAGGAAAGCGGCUCGCCAGAAGUGCCAAGUUUUCUAGAAAGACGGAGAAGAUGUAUAACAGCCAGUACAGUCAACAGGGAGCUACCAGAAACCAGGGCGUCCACCCAGCUCACCCAGCUCACCCAGCUCACCCAGCUCACCAAAGCCGCGAAAUCCAAACAUGGCUCGCGCUGCCUGGUGGCUCCUGCUCGGAGCCUACUGUCUCGCUGUCGGUGCAGAAACAUUACACCCCAAGCUCAACAACACGGGCAUCGACGAAGCCACAUUCAACCCACCAAUUCCCGUCUGGAAGCUGGACCCGUACAGCCCGCGCGCCGGCCGCAUCGGCGCCGGCCUUGCCGCCGCUGACGUCGCCUACCUCUCCUACCCAUCCCAAGAUCCCUGGUACUCGGCGCCGGACGGGUGGGAAGCCGCAACACCGGGCUCCGUGCUGAAAGUGCGGCACCACGCGUACAACAACACGGCAGGGCUCGCGAUCCCCCACGCGCGCGACACGUUCCAGGUGCUAUUCCGCUCGACCAACAGCCAGAAGAACGCCACGUGGGCCGUCACCACCGUGUUCCUGCCGGCCAACCCCCGCUGCACCAACUCUACCCUCGCAAGUAACUGCACGCAACCGAUCCUCUCGUACCAGCUGCCGUAUGACACGUCAUGCCUCGACGCCAGCCCGAGCUUCGGGCUGCAGUUCGGCGAGCCGUACGGCGAGAUCGCCGCCGCGCUGGCGCGUGGCUGGUGGGUGUCCGUGCCCGACUACGAGGGCCCGCUGGCGUCGUAUGGCGCAAACAUCGUCGCCGGGUACAUCACGCUCGACUCGGCACGCGCGGUGGUGAACGUCAGCGGCAGCACCGAGUACGGGAUGCGUCACGCCCGUGUUGCGCUGUGGGGGUACUCCAACGGGGCGUCGGCGACCGAGACGGCGGCCGAGUUCGCGGCGGCGUACGCGCCGGGCCUGCAGCUCGCGGGCGCGGCGAUCGGGGGGCUGGCGCCGGACGUGGCGGCGGCCGGGCCGCAGCUGUCGCAGACGCAAGUGGCGGGGCUGCUGGUGCAGGGGCUCAUCGGGGUCACGUCGCAGUACCCAGAGCAGCGGGCGUACCUGGUCAGCCGGCUGAACCCGUCGGGGCCGUACAACGGGACCGAGUUCUUCUGGGCCAGCUACAUGAGCGGGUGGCAGUCGCUGCUGUACUUUUGCUACGUCGACAUCUUUGCCUACUUCAUCGGCGGGCAGGCGGACCUGCAGGACGUGCGCAUCGUCAAUAUGUUCCUCAAGGAGGGCACGCUGGGCCGGUUUGGGUUGCCGAAUACCAAGAUGUUCGUCUACCAUGCUCUCGACGACGACAUGGCGCCGAUCAAGGACACGGAUGCGCUGGUAGAGCGCUUCUGCGGCGACGGGGCGAAUGUCUUGUAUCACCGCAACCAUUGGGGGGGACACAAUGACGAACUGACUAAUGGAAGACAACGGGCGUUGGACUUCCUCGGCGAUGUUCUGGACGGGACGAAUAUUUUGUCGGCUCCUGCAACCGGGUGCCAGACGGUCGAUGUGACGUUCAUGCAGGAUCCGAAUACACCGAUUGCGUGAUAUGGGCGGUAAUUAAUGAACGCGUUGGCCAAGAAGUGUCGGUAUCUAAACACGCAUCCGACGAAUGGUUGCCAGCCACAUUCUGAAACCUUCGUAAAAUGACACAAAAGGUCUAGCAGUCUCCGUGUACUUGGCCUGACCCCCGUCUCUCACUCCAUCGCAUUCUCUUCUUACCUAGAAAUCCACCACUUUCCCACCAAGUUCCCGCUUGAGCUUUUGAAAUCGUGCUGCAUAUUGAAUCAUGGUCUCAUCCCAACGCUUCUCGUCAUCACCGAAAAGUUCAUACGCCUUUGUCCCAACUCCACUCCAGAACUUGAAGUUCGGCGGCUCGUCACCAGAUUCCGAGAUAUCAGCCUCACCUCUUUCCACCAGUUUAGGCUGCUCAGUGAACCGGCGCACAAGAAGCCAGUCGACUAUCUUUGGAAACAGGCGCGCGGCCGUGAUGGCGCUGUGGUUGCCCGUCUCCUUGGAGGAAUACGC